AUGAUUCCGCGAACAGCCCGUAAGCUCGAGACCACUUUAUUGUCGUCUCGCCAGGCUCUUCCCCGGCCUGCAAGGCUGUAUUCGACUCCUUCAAAACGGCGGAGCGCACCGGCAGCUGCAACUGCGACAGCUCAAGUUCCCAUUCACGACUUCCCCCCCUUCCUUGCUCAAAAUGUCCCGUCAUCAUCGACACACUCCAUAGACACGAUAUCUCAGUUUCUCCUGCAGCGACCGGGGCUGACUGUCGUUCCAACACCCCGGCCGCUCAAGUCGUUCGAGCACGACAACGAGCGCUGGUACCCUGACUCGCGGACGAUAGACAUGGCCGGGAUUAUCGACGCGUGUCUGCACAACCUGCAGGAUGUGCCACGAGCACGAGGAGUGUUCCAGCGCCUGCGUACAAAAGUCGGCUCACCCUUGCUCGAGACGCGGCUGUACAAUGCCUUCCUCGAAGCUUACAUCGGCAUGGCACAGAAGGAAGAGAAAAAGCGAUCAUACUGGAUUGACGAAGCCUGGAGGCUGUACGACGCGAUGGAGGAGGGCUUGGAAGAGGUUCUGCCAAAUGCCAACACGUACAGUCUCAUGCUAUUGCUAUGGCAUCGGGUAAAGACCAGGGAAAUCCACAUGGAGGGUGACGUGAACGGACAGACACCGGGCUACCUGCUCAGCAAGCUCGUCGAUCGCGAAAUUCCGGUCAUGGACGUUGUUUCGAAUCCUACCUUGGGCUCGGCCGAGCUGAUGACGGAGAUUGCGAAAAUGCUCUCGAGCGAAGCUGUCAACCUCGGAUUCAAGGACGUGCUUCAACAACUCGGCCACAGCCAAGCGGUGGAGGCGACUGCUCCGCUCCUCAAGGACGUGCCGGAAGUGAUGCCUGUGUACAAAACGGUAACUUCGAAGCAGUCUCCCAGCGACCCGGAUGUGGAAGUGCCCUUCAAUCUGGACGCCAUGAGACGGCAUCUUGCAGACGUCCUUGAAGCGCGGAAAGUGCUCGAUCAAGACCUCAAUGCGCGGCAAAAACACCUGGAGGCUUCUGUCUACGAUCUCGCCCUAGAGCACUUAGAGCAUCGCGCGAAAGUGUUCUCGGAAAAGGGUCUUGACCAGAACCAACACCUUCUGGACUCGGAAUUACAGAAGUGGAUGUGGACUUGGCAUCUGUGUUUCGUCGAGAGGCUGAAGGUCGAGGUGGCUAGGAUGAAUAAGUCGAGGGCGAAAGAUGUGAAGGAUAUUGCACCCUAUAUGACGCUCAUCAAGCCAGAAAAGCUGUCACUCCUUACUAUUCUCGAGGUUAUGCGGCUCCAGGGUUCGACUAAUGCUGGCAUCGGAAUGAAGACGACACGUACGCUGAUCUCUGUGGGCAGGGCCGUCGAGAAUGAGUACAAGGCGCAAAUGUGCAAGAAACAUGACAUUCCAGUGCCCGAAUUUGGGACAUGGUCAGCAGAGAGUUAUUUCUCGUCCAUGGGAUACCAGCACCUUAGGCAACGGAGGGUUGCAGCUGCGCGGAUGAUGGAGGAUGGGGAGGCAUGGACGACAAGCUGGUCGCAGGCAACACGGUCAAGAGUUGGUGCUGUGCUCGUCGAGUGCUUGAUGGAUGUUGCGGAGGUCUUGAGGACGAAGGUCGACCCGAAGACGAAUGAGAUACAGUCCGAAUCUCAACCUGCCUUCUUCCAUGGCUAUGAGUAUCAACGAGGCCAGAAACUUGGUGUCUUGAAGCUUAACCCAAUCGUCACCGAGCGAAUGGCGAAAGACAGUCUGGCUCGCACCGUGCAUCCGCGGCACCUUCCCAUGCUCGUAAAGCCUCGGCCUUGGCUCAACUACAACGACGGAGGGUACAUUUACAACAAAUGCAACGCCAUGCGGUUCAAAGAUUCUGUCGAACAAGAGGUUUACCUCAAGGAAGCCACGAACGCGGGCACCGUUGAACUCGUCUAUGCAGGGCUGGAUAUCCUCGGUUCGACCCCAUGGCGGAUCAACAAGCCUAUCUUCGACGUCGUCCUCGAGGUUUGGAAUUCUGGUGAACGGAUGGGCAAGAUCCCUCCGGCGGUGUACGACCAACCUGAACCCGUGCUAGAGGAAGGCAAGGAGAAGGACAUGGAGGCAAGGAGCCACUUCAUGCAGAGGCACAGGGUAUGGGCACAGGAAAAGGGCAACAACCACUCCGACAGAUGCAGCGUCAAUUACAAAAUUGAGAUUGCUCGGGCCUUCCUCGCAGACACCAUCUACCUUCCACAUAACCUUGAUUUCCGUGGUCGGGCGUAUCCUAUCCCGCCUCAUCUCAACCACAUUGGCGACGAUCUUUCGCGUGCUUUGCUGAAGUUCGAAGUAGCCAAGCCUCUGGGCGAACGAGGGUUCCGUUGGCUCAAAAUUCACCUUGCCAACUUAUACGGCUACGACAAGGCGAACUUCGAUGAACGUGUGCAGUGGGUCGAAGAUCACAUCGAGGACAUUGUUGAGAGUGCGACCAACCCUCUGAAAGGCUCCGGGUGGUGGAAGAAGGCAGACGACCCGUGGCAAUGUCUUGCUACCUGCAUUGAGCUCAAGAAUGCUUUGGCUCUUGAGGACCCUACAACGUACGAAUGCUCGCUGCCAGUGCACCAGGACGGCACCUGCAAUGGUCUGCAACACUACGCUGCCCUUGGAGGAGACGCCCAGGGUGCCCGCCAGGUCAAUCUCGCUGCCGCCGACCGUCCUUCUGACGUGUACACGCACAUCAGUUUGGAAGUUGAGUCGCAGAUCCAGGCUGAGGCGGCAGCGGGCAACGAGACCGCAAAGAUACUGCUCGGAAAGAUCACGAGGAAGGUGGUCAAGCAGACGGUCAUGACAACGGUGUAUGGCGUCACGUUCGUCGGUGCGAGAGAACAGAUCGAGAGGCAGUUGCGGGAUAGGUCUGACAUCCCGGAGGAGAAGACCUGGGCUGCAUCGUCGUACCUGGCGAAGAAGGUCAUGGCUAGCAUCGGCGACACCUUCCGAGGGGCAAAGAGCAUUCAGCUGUGGCUCAAUCUCUGUGCACGGCUCAUCGCCAAGUCCAUCCCCGCGGAGCGGCUCCAUCUCGUCAAGAACCCCUUUGGCGAGCUCUUGGUUGGCAUCCCACGUUCCAGGGUCAAGAAGGAGCAGAUGACGUCCGUCAUAUGGACGACGGCGCUCGGAUUGCCGAUCGUUCAGCCAUACAGGAAGACGGCGAGAAAACAGGUGAUGACGGCCGUUCAGUCAGUGUAUAUCUCGGACCCAAAUGCGCCUUCAGAAGUCAACGCGGUGAAACAGGCGACGGCCUUCCCUCCCAACUUCAUCCACAGCCUUGAUGCCACGCACAUGAUGCUGACUGCUCUGGAAUGCCGGAACCAAAACCUGACCUUCGCAUCGGUCCACGACUCCUACUGGACACACGCAUGCGACGUCGACCAGAUGUCCAGCAUCAUCCGCGACACGUUCAUCGCCUUGCAUUCUUCCGACAUCCUACGCAAGCUUGAGCAGGAGUUCCGCGAACGCUACAAAGGGCACAAGAUCCCGCUGGAGAGCAUCUCUGCACGAGGAGGCAUGGUCAAGCAGCUUGCCGCGGCCGGCACACGGAUCAAGGCAUACAAGCGCCAGGAGCAUGCCCUUCGAGGCAUCAAAGAUAUCGUCGAGUUCACCGAUGAGGAGAGCUCUGUAGCCGAGACCACUGUUCCGGAUGAAGACGGCGCGGACCUGGAGGUCAAGCCCAAAAAAUCACAAGCGUCCAAGGCUAAGGAUGAUGUUGAUGACGACGAUUUCCUGAGCACACUGCUGGAAGGCGAGGAAGGGAUGGGAGAAGAGGAAGGCUCGAACAAGAAAGGCAAGAAGAGCACGAACGAACUGGAUAACGCGGCUCUGCUGGCGGGCAAAUUCGUCAGCCUGACUGAUUUGAUACCGCCAUUGCCGGACAAGGGUACGUUCAACGUCCAGGCCAUCAAGUCGUCGCAGUAUUUCUUCUCGUAG